AUUUAAGCCAAGUUUAAUGCUGAGAAGUGCAAAAAGAUUCAGUUUUUGUAUUCCCUUCAUCGAUGUCGUUUGAUAUCAGUUAAAUUCUUUAAAAGGGUUUGAUCAUACGAUCCAAAAAAGUCUCCAUUUUUAUAGUUUCUUGAUUGCCAUUUCUGAAGUUUUCUUGAAUUCAAAUGGAGGGUUUCUUGAAUUGUGUAAAGAUCAAUCUUCUGAAUACCCAUCUUACAAGUUUGUGAAUCUCUGAAGAGUUUAGGGUUCUCAAGAAAUUGAGGGUUGAUCAUAAGAUCCACAAAACGAGUCCAUUUUUGUAGUUUCUUGAUUGCCAUUUUAAAGUUUUCUUGAAUUCAAAUGGAGGGUUUAGAUUAAUCUUCUGACAUCUCAUCAUAAGUUUGUGAAUUUGUCAAGAGAUUGUAAGCUUCUUUUCUGGUUCAGGGUUUUCAAGAAAUUGGGGGAAACUGAGGGUUGAUCAUAAAAUCCACAAAAGGGGUCUUGACUGCCAUUUUUAAAGUUUUUCUUGAAUUCAAAUGGAGCGUUUCUUGAAUUGUUCAAAGAUUAAUCUUUCUGAAUACCCAUCUGAUAUAAGUUUGUGAAGUUGUGAAGAAAUUGCAAGUUUCUUUUAGGGUUUAGGGUUUCAAGAAAUUGGGGGAAAGAGGAUGGGAUUAGAUCGUCUGCUUCUUCUCACAGUGGAGCCACCAAUAAAACGGCGAGCAGGGCUACGGAGAAAACAGGCAGGCAGAGGUUCUUACAGAGGCAGCUAGGGUUCUGAAAAGGGUAAAGAAAAAAAAGUUUUUAGGUUUUCAAUUUUUGGAGGUUUUGAGAGUCAUAAUUCAUUAGUUUGGUGGUGAAAUUAGUCUGGGUCUUCCAAGAAAAACCUGUUCUACUUUUUGCGGCAAAGACGUUUCAGAAACAAUUGCUUUACUCUUAAGGGUAGUUCAGGUCUUCACAGAAAUAACUGCUCUGCUUUUUGGACAAACUGUCACUUCGGAUAUAGCUGCUUUACUCUUUAGGGUAGUUCCGGGUCUUCGCAGAAACAACUGCUCUACCCUACUGCCGCACUCGUUGGAGGUAGAGUGAGGUCAAUAGUCCAGGGUCUUCACAGAAACCGUUGCACUCCUCGUCAGGGCUACAUGCAUCUCACCUAAGACCCAACUUUCAAGUAAAUCUUUGGUUUUGGGUAGUGGGUUAUAAUCCGUGGUCUUCACGGAAACGAUUGUUCUACUCUUUGGGGCAAAGGUCAACGGUUGCUUUCGUUUUUGGGAUAGAGGUCUGGCCUACAUACUUUCACCAACAGCUUUCGAGUGGAAUUUACUGGGUGCGUUUGGUUUUGGAUUUUUGGUAGUGAGGUAUUGUUUAUGGUCUUCAAAGAAACAACUAUUGUACUCUUUGGGGAAAAGGUCAACGGUUGCUCUAAUCUUUGGUGUAGAGGUCUAGUUUGCGUACAUCUCACUAAGACUCAGGUCUCGAGUGGGAUUUAGUGGGUACGUUUGGUUUUGGUUUUUUCGAGGGUUGAAGCUAUUGUAGGAAGUUGGUUAGAAAAUUGUUCACUUGGUAAGAAGAAAGAUGGGAGUUAGUGCAUUACACCAAGCACUCGAGACUCUUUGUGUUAACGCUGAUUGGAAUUACGCUGUCUAUUGGAAACUCGAUCCUCAAGCUCGAAUGAUGUUGACUUGCGAAGAUGCUUAUUAUGACAAAAAUGAUCCUUCAGGGAGCAAACGGUUCGAUAAUUUGCCGGAUGAGCAUUAUGCGCAAGACCUUCUCGACCUAGCGGUUGCAAAGAUGUCGUAUCAAAGAUAUUCUCUUGGGGAAGGAAUCGUUGGUCAGGUUGCGGUUACGGAUAAACAUCUGUGGCUUUCUGGAGAUCAGAUCGUUAACGAUCCAUGUUUGUCCUUUGAGGAUUAUGAUGGAUGGAAAACUCAGUUUGCAGCUGGGAUCAGGACGUUCGUUGUUGUAGCCGUCGUUCCUCAUGGAGUCGUACAACUUGGCUCGUUAAAGAAUAUUUCCGAGGAUUUGAAGCUUGUGAAUCACAUCCGAGAGAUCUUUCUCGAGCUACAAAGCUCUUUAACGGGAUGCAUACCUAGCAGCACUAGUUCGUAUAAUGAUGCCGAUACUUCCGUGAACUUUAGAAUCAACAGGAUAUCAGAUCUUGAUCGAAAUAGGGAACUAGGCAUGCCCGUUUCUUUGAAUCCCCAUAUGCUAAUAAGCUCAGAUGAAAAUCUAGAAUCACAAAGCGAUACCGACGCCAUGAACGCCUUGAAAACGUCUUUUAAGUUUCCUGCCGGAUGUGAGUUGUACGAAGCUUUAGGACCAGCGUUUUGUGAACAAACCGAGAACCCCGUUUGGCGAACUGCCGACGAGAUGCUGGGAAUGGGCGGUAGCAAUCUAUUGACACCAAAUUCGGGCCCUGAACAUCUUCUAGAAGCGGUUGUGGCUAACGUUUGCCAAACCGAUAGCGAAUUUAGUAACCCAGUGAAGUGGGUCGAGCCAGAUCCGCCUUUAAACGAUAUGCAAACUAGCGGUUCGGGUUGUUACUCGUUUGAAAGUCCAUUUCUUGUAAAAGACGACAUGCUGACGAGCACCGAAACUUACGGUUCGUCGCUCGGGUUCUCGUCUGCAAGCCAUAGUAGGUGUAGUGAGCCAAGGUCACAAGAACCGGCUAACGUUGGAAAGAAACGGGCCCGACCGGGUGAAAGCGGCCGGCCUCGUCCCCGGGAUCGGCAACUUAUUCAGGAUCGCAUUAAGGAACUCCGUGAGCUCGUGCCCAACGGAUCGAAGUGCAGCAUCGAUUCGCUUUUGGAACGAACGAUCAACCACAUGCUUUUCAUGCAGUGUGUUACUAAACAUGCCGACAAAAUCGAUAAAUAUGCCGAAUCGAAGUUGCUCGGAAAGGAAACCGGCGUAAGAGGAUCUUGGGUUCACGAGCAAGGGUCAAGUUGGGCGAUGGAGGUCGGAAAUCACCUGAAAGUUUGUCCGGUAACCGUGGAAAACAUUGGUACGAACGGGCAAAUGCUGGUGGAGAUGAUGUGCGAGGAAGGCGUUCAUUUUCUCGAGAUAGCCGACGCCAUCAGGAGCUUGGGCCUCACCAUUUUGAAAGGCGUAACGGAACCUGACGGGGAUAAAAUCUGGAUGUGCUUCGUUGUCGAGAUCUUCUAUAAACCGGUAUCUCCAUGCUAUCAGAUGUUACAAGAUUAGAUGGUUAUCAGUCAAAAUAUGUACAAAAUAGAAAAUUUUGAAACUCUGUUACAUUGAUUACAAAAAGAAGUUUUCAAUUUUUACACUAAAUAGGAAGCAGACUAAACUUUGUUGUAUUUUAAUGCAUUUUUACGCCUGUUGACGUGCUCUUUUUGUUGCGUUUUAAUCGAUUGAUAAAACGU